ACUCUCUUCAUCUCUAUUUUCUCUCACUUUCUCUAUGAUCAAACAUAGAGAAAUGCUGCCAAGCACGCUAAGGAAAAACUUCAAUCUCUGUUUUACCAAGAUCAAACGUCCCCUCAAUCUUCAACCCUCCAAUAAUACCUCACCAAUGUCAGCCGAUUACAGCCGUCAGUUUCCCUCCACCACCGCAUCAAUCCUCUUCACAAACAUCAACUCUCUGGACGACCACACCUUUGACUCCACCGCAAAAUCUUGUACUCUCAGCCCCUCCUCCGAACCUGACAUGGAUACGGAAUCCGAACCCGAUUUUGCCACCGUUUUAUCCUCCGAGCGCUUCUUCUUCUCCUCCCCCGGCGGCUCCAAUUCCAUCAUUGAUUCAUCACCAUCGAUUGCCACGGCGGAAUCAUCUGAACCCGGAGCCACCGACGAUGAUCAAUCUCUCCAAAUCCAAUCUGGGAACGCUCCAACCGUUAAUGACAUCGUUGCUGUCUCCACAUUCUCCCGUGACCCCUUCAUGGAGUUCCGGCGGUCCAUGCAGGAGAUAGUGGAAGCACGUGACUUGGUCGAUGUGAAGGCUAAUUGGGACAACUUGCACGAGCUUCUUCUGUGUUAUCUAGCAUUGAACCCCAAAAGCACGCACAAAUUUAUCACCAGAGCAUUUGCCGAUCUUCUUGUUAGUCUCAUGGUAGACGGUGGCAGCAUCCAGAAAAGAGAGUCAUCGAACGGUGGUCGGAGCAUUCCCGAACAGUGUACGUGUAACAUCGUGUGAUGAUGAUAAGAACAUGAUUUCUCAUCUUGAUAUAAUUAAAUUUAUUUUGGCAAUACAUACACGUAAAGAAGCAAAGCGGUCCCGCCUGCUCUGUUCAUGUCCAGGACCAUCUUUUCUAU